AUGCAUCCCAUGUCCCACUUCGUGCUCUACCUCACCUUCCUGGUGGCGGUGGGACCAGUGGUCCUCAGCGAGCUGCAGGAGACCCUCCACCUCCAGCAGCACCAGCAGCAGCCUGGAGGAGCCAGCAACCCGGAGGAGCCGGAGCCCUGCGCCACCUGCGAGGUCCGGCAGCAGAUCAAGAGCAUGAGGCUGAACGCCAUCAAGUCCCAGAUCCUCAGCAAGCUGCGGAUGAAGGAAGCUCCGAACAUCAGCCGGGACGUGGUGAAGCAGCUGCUGCCCAAAGCGCCGCCGCUGCAGCAGCUCCUCGACCAGUACGACGUGCUGGGAGACGACAACCGGGUGGUGGUGAUGGAGGAGGAUGAUGAGCACGCCAUCACGGAGACCAUCAUGAUGAUGGCCCUGGAACCUGAACCCAUCGUCCAGGUGGACUCGGAGCCCAAGUGCUGCUUCUUCUCUUUCACCCAGAAGUUCACGGCCACUCGCAUCGUGCGUGCGCAGCUCUGGGUCCACUUGCGACCCUCGGCCGAGGCGACCACCGUGUUCCUGCAGAUCUCUCGCCUCAUGCCGGUCACGGAGGGGGGUCGGCACAUACGGAUCCGGUCCCUGAAGAUCGACGUGAACGCCGGGGUCAGCUCCUGGCAGAGUAUCGACGUCAAGCAGGUGCUGAGCGUGUGGCUGCGGCAGCCGGAGACCAACUGGGGCAUCGAGAUCAACGCCUUCGACUCCAGGGGCAACGACCUGGCCGUGACCUCCACGGGCCCCGGGGAGGAAGGACUGCAACCGUUCAUGGAGGUGAAGAUCUCCGAGGGCCCGAGGCGAGUCCGGAGAGACGCCGGCCUGGACUGUGACGAGAACUCCCCGGAGACCCGGUGCUGCCGCUACCCGCUCACCGUGGACUUUGAAGACUUUGGCUGGGACUGGAUUAUUGCCCCCAAGCGCUACAAGGCCAACUAUUGCUCUGGGGAGUGUGAGUACAUGCACCUGCAGAAGUAUCCCCACACCCACCUGGUGAACAAGGCCAACCCCCGAGGGACCGCGGGCCCCUGCUGCACCCCCACCAAGAUGUCGCCCAUCAACAUGCUCUACUUUAACCGCAAGGAGCAGAUCAUCUACGGCAAGAUCCCCUCCAUGGUGGUGGACCGCUGUGGAUGCUCUUGA